GAGGGUGAGAUUUCUUAUUUGAAUCCGGUCUGGGGUUGACAGAACAUUAACAGAAACAGGCUGCUUCUCUUUGGACAAAUUCUUUGAUUUAACUGGAUAAAACCACGCAUAUUAAAUUAUUGGUUUGAUUUUUUGUCAUGGACGGUCCGUUUGACCGCACUGUUAUUGGUUUUACAGCUGUCACCUUACAAAACCGCGGUUUCCAGCUCUGAUAACUAGCAGCGAGCACUCGACUAGCUGGCUUCUUUUCCUUUUUAACGUAAAACACAAAUUUAAAAUGUUUCGUUGUAAUUUUUUAAAACAUAGGUGCUCUCUGUCUGUGAGAAAUUGCAGGUUGCCCAAAGUGCUUUCUAAUAAUCUAGCCAACGAUAUUCAUUCGCUGUAAAUGUGCAAUGCUGUCGUUUCAGCACAACCUGCUAAGCCAGCUUUGCUGUCUAGCUAUAAUAACAUAACGUCGAUUAUUCAGCCACGGAUAUAGACAGAAAUAUCAACAACGUGCUUGUUCAGACUGAAAGCUUGGGAUGGAGGCGGAUUUGCUGAUUGACUGGCAGCGCGAGCGGGCGGAGAUGAAGGCGGAGUUUUCGCGGCUGCAGGACGAGUUGGCGGAGAGUUGCGCUGAGAAGGAGGAGCUUCGGUCCAGGGCCCAGGCUUUGACUGACAGGCUCGUGCAGUCUGUGGACCCCACGAUGUCUGCGCGGCAUGACGGUGAGCAGCGGGACUGGAAGAGGAAGUUAAGGGAGGGCCGAGAGCGGGAGGCCAGGCAGGCUCAGCUCAUCCACAAACUGCAGAGCAAGGUCUUGGAGUACAGAGCACGCUGCCAGGGCCUGGAGCGUCAGCUGGUGAGUGGAGAACGAGAGCAGAAAAGAGAGAAGAUCAGAAAUGAACACAGCAACUCGCUCGAGAGUGCCCUCAUCAGGCUGGAAGAAGAACAGCAGAGAAGUGUGGGCAUGGCAGAAAUGAAUGCUCUCCUGCGCAGUCAGCUCAGCCAAUCAGGAGAAGCCAAUGAAGCUCUGAGAGAGGACCUGAGCAAGUUGACUUCUGAUUGGGCCAGAGCUGUGGAGGAGGCGGGGCGAAGGGAGAACGAGUGGCAGAAGGAGAAAGAGCUCCUGACGAAUCACAUCGGGCGAGAGCACACCCGUCUGAUCUCACUGUGGGGGGGUGUGGUCACACUGAGACGCCAUUAUCACACCCUGAGGACUGCUACUGACAGGGACUUAUGGGAACUCCGGGCGGAAUUCUCCCGGGUCUCCUCCUCCCUGCUCUCCUGCUACGGGUCAGUUAGCUCCAGCCUCGUCUCUAGCCUUGGUGCUGGCCACGCCCCCAGCCUUGGGGCAGGCCACGCCCCCGGCCUCGGGACAGGCCACGCCCCUGGCCUUGCGGUCUCCUCCCCCAUCCCGCCCUCCUCCCUCUCCCCCACGCUGGGACCCCUGUCCCUGCAGGACCUGGAGCGCAGCCUCAGGGAGAAGGAGCAGGAAUUCGUGGAGCUGAGGGCCCAGCACCGCACCCAGACCCAGCAGCUCCAGGACAGGAUCUCUGAGCUGUCCUCCUCCCUUCAGGCUCAGGAGAGGGAGAGGAGGAGACAGGAGGAAGAGGAGGAGAGGAAGAGACAGAGUGAGGUGGAGAAGGAGAAGGAGAGAGAGAGAGACUGGGACAGACACAGAGAGGUGGAGAGGGACCUACAGUCCGUCCAGCAGGCUGUCCUUAACUUGUCGUUCCGGUGGUUCGUUCCGCGGGCUCUGAGAGAAUUCGGUUUCAGCAACUCCUCAGCGCGGCGGCUGGACGCACGGGGCAGCGCUCCUCUCUCCCUGGCCGACCUGGCCAACGACAGACUGCCCUCCCUGCUCACCAUCAUCGCCGAGGCCGAGACCGCCCUCCAGUGCCGACACGAGGAACUGCAGGAAGCGGAGGUGAGGAUCCUGGGACUGGAGGUGGAGGUAGAGGCCCUGGAGCAGCAAAUCAGAGUCCUGCAAAAGGAUGGGGCGGAGCUUCAGGAGUGGGCACUGCAGGGAGGCCAGGAACUGAGGCACACACAGGAGCUGCUGCAGAGCGAGCGGGAGACGGCCGUGUCACUGGGCAGCCAGCUGAGGGAGGCGGAGCGUCACGGCGAGGAGCUGAGGAGGGAGAACGAGCACCUGAGACGCCAGCGGAGCCGCGAGGAGGAGGAGCGCAAGGAGCUGGAGAGGGACCGGCAGAGACGCGUGGAAACGGGCUUGCUGGAAACCGCCCAGCUGAUGGAGAGGGUGGAGCACAGCCGUCAGGAGCUGCACAGCCUCCAGGGGGCGCUGGAGAGCGAGAAGUUUGAGCGCGUGCGGGCUGAGGGGGAGGCGGCCGACGCCAGGGAUGCACUAUUAAAGGCCCGUGAGUCGGCCCUGGCCCUGUCCUCCGGGCAGACCCAGCUGAGGCGCGACGUGGCGGGGAGCCGGGACGCCCUGGAGAAGAUGGCGGCCCUGAACGAGGCGCUGGCCCUGGACAAGCGGGAGCUGGGGGCUCGCGCUCUGCAGCUGGAGACAGAGCUGGCGGAUGCCAUGUCCUGCCUGCAGACGAUGAGGUCAGAGGUCACGACCCUUCAACGGGAGCUGAAGGGCGUUUCCCAGGAGGCAACAGAAUUAAGGUUGCAGAGGACUGCAGAUCUGCAGGCCCUGCAGCAGAUGGGGGACAGAGAGAGGGAUCUGGAGAGAGAGGUGGAGAGUUUGAAAGAGGAGAGAGAGAGGGAGGUCAGCCUGCUGACGGAGGCGAGAGAGCGGGAUGAACAAAAACUGGAGGAGCUCUCUGGGCUGCACAGCGCAGUGUGUGGGGAGCUGCGGGGCGCGCAGGCUGAGCUGAGCCGAGCGGUGGAGCAGCAGAAGAGGGCGGAGAGAGAGAGGGACGACCUGCUGAGGGAGGGGCAGCGGCUGGAGGCGGGCGUGCGAGCGCUGGAGAGAGAGAAGGAGGAGCUGGAGAGGGGCCGGGACGAGCUCAGAUCGCUCUCAGCCGCCCUGCAGAAGCAGGUGGCUCAGCUGCAGGAGCAAAGUUCCGGCCUGGAGGUGCACAGGGGCCAGCUGGAGGUCCAGGUGCACACGCUGAUGCAGGCUAAAGACGUGCUUCAAGGGGAGAUCCAGUGUCUGCGAGAUGAGCUGGACAGACAGACGUCCCAGAGCGAGGUGGAGAGGGCGGAGGUGCAGGAGGAGAGGGAGAGGAGCCGCAGGGAGGCGGAGGGCAGGGAGGCGGAGGUGGAGAGACUGCGGGCGGCGGUGGAGCUCGCGGAAGAGCAGCGUGGGGAGCAGGAGGCGCAGAGGGGAGCGUGGCAGAGAGAGAGGGAGGCGCUGAGCUCCGAGCUGGGCCAGAGGGACGGAGAGGUGGAGGUGCUGAGGAGCAGGGUGGAGGGCUUGCUGAGCGAGAAGGAGGAGCUCUCGGGCCUGCUGCAGGAGAGCCAGGCGGAGCUGGAGGGACUGCGCUCCCAACUGUCCACGGAGCAGAGGAAGCAGGAGCAGAGCGUGAGGGAGGCCAGAGGAGAAGCCCAGCGCUGGAAGGAGAGAGCGGGGGAGGCGCGGAAGGAGACGGAGGCGCUGAGCCUGAGGCUGACUGAGAGAGAGAAGGAGGGAGUGAGGGCCAUGGAGAGAGAGAGGGAGAAGAGCACGGAGCAGCUGGGGCAGAAGGAGGCGGAGCUCAGACAGGCGGAGGAGGCGGCGGCCAGGCUGGAGGCCAGAGUGGAGGCGCUGGAGGAGGCGCAGCAGGAGAGCGAGAGGCUGCGGGAAAGGCUGAGCGAGCUGGAGGAGCUCAACUCGCAGCUGCGGGAGGGGGAGCGACUGAAGAGCGAGGAGGAGGAGCGGUGGAGGAGGAAGAGGGAGGCGGAGGGGAGAGAGCGGGAGGAGAGGCUGCGGGCGGAGCUGGGGCAGAGGAAGGCGGAGGUGGCGCAGCUGAGAGCCAGCACCAGGGAGCUGGAAAGGGAGAGGGAGACCUCCCGGAGGAGGACGGGGGACCUGCAGGGGAGCCUGGAGAGCCAGGGGGCGCUCCUCAGAGAGAGCGAGGAGGAGCUGCGGCGGCUGCGGGAGGCGGUGAAGAGGGGCGAGGAGGAGGCCGCCGCCAGGCUGCAGCAGGAGGAGGAGCUGAGGAGGCUGAAGGAGCGGCUCGUGCAGCUGGAGCUGUCGGGGCAGGAGCUCACGGGCCAGCUGGGAGAAACGGAGGCCGUCCUGGACAGAGAGAGGAGUCUGAGGAGAGAGAAGGAGCAGGAGCUGGUGACCGCGAACGGAGAGAGGGAGAGAGCGAGGGAGAGGGCACGGGAGAUGGAGGAUGAGAGGGAGAAGAUGGAGGAGGAGGUGGAGAAAUGGAGACAAGUGGCGGGGGAGAGGGAGAGAGCGGGGGAGAGGGUGUCGAAGGCCCUGGUGAAGAGAGAAGGAGAGGUGGAGGAGCUGAAGGCCAGGAUAGAGGAGGGAGCAGAGGAGGAGGCGAGGAUGAGGCAGACCCUGCGCGAACGAGAGGAGGAGCAGGAGAUCCUGGCGUCCCAGCUGAGAGAGGAGCAGGCCGAGGUGGAGAGACUGAGGGCCAGGGUGGAGGAGCUGCAGAGGGGACAGCGCUCCCUGCUGGAGGAGAGGGGAGGACAGGUGGAGGUGCUGGGCGGGAGGGUUCGAGAGCUGGAGGAGGAGAGGGACGGUCUCUUCGCGGAGCUGAGGGGCAAGGAGCGGGAGGUGGGGGUUCUGAGAGAGGAGGUGGAGAAGGAAAGGAGAGAGAGAGAGAAGGCAGGUUCCUCGCUGAGGUGGAGGGAGGAGGAGCUCAGGCAAGAGAGAGAGAGGAGGGAGGCGAUGGCCGCCCAGGUGACCACCCUGAGGGAGGAGGUGGCCGAGUUGGCUAAGGGGCGGGAUCGAGCCAGGGCGGAGGCCAGGGAGAAGGAGGCAGAGAAGGAGAAGAUGAGGGAGGGCCUCAAGGCCGGGUUGAAGGAGAUGGCCACCCUGAAGGAGCUCCUGGAGGAGAGCCACCGUGAGGGGGAGAAGCUGAAGACGCUCCUCCUGGAGAAGAAGGAGGAGCUGGUGAAGGGGAGGGACGAGCGGCUGCAGGCGGCCCGGGUGGAGCUGGAGGUGCUCAGCGGGAGGGCUCGGGGCCUGGAGGGGGAGAAGCAGGAGCUGGAGGCGCAGCUGAGGCUGAAGGAGGCGGAGCUACAGCGCGCCACGCAGUCCCGGGAGGAGGCAGCCAGAGAGCGGGACAAGGCGGAGAGGAGGUGGGUGGAGGCGGAGGAGGGGCUGAGGGCCACAGUGGCAGAGAGGGAGGCGGAGCUGAGCCGGGUGAGGGCGCGGGUGGAUGCUCUGGAGGAGCAGCGGAUGGAGCUGAACUCCGCAGCGGGCGAGAGGAGCCAGGAGGUGGUGGAGCUCGCCAAGAGGACGAGGGAGCUGGAGAGCGAGCUGGAGGUGGUGAGAAAGGGCAGGAUGGAGGAGACGGAGAGGUGGGAGGAGAGGAUGGCGGAGCUGAGAAAGGAGGGGGAGGAGAAAGAGGAGAAGUGGAUGGAGGAGGAAGGCCAGCUGAAGAGGGAGAGUGAGAGACUGAAACAGGCUGUGGAGGAGAGGGAGGAGGAGGUGGAGGUGGUGAGAGAAGCUCUGAGAGCGAAGGUGAGAGAGGUGGAGGUGAUGCAGGAGAGGGUGGAGGAGGCGGAAAUGAAAAUGGCUAUGCUGACGCAAGCGGAGGAGGAGCGAGACAGGGCGGCGCAGGAGGAGGCGCGCGAGAGGGAGAGACUGCAGAGGCAGCUGGCGGACAGGAGCAGGGAUGCGGGGGAGCUGAGAGACAGGAUGAGAGAGCUGGAGGAGGCGCUGGAGAAGGAGAGGGAGCGCAGGAUAGAAGCAAGGGAGCGAGACCGGCUCAGGAUGCUGGAGGAGCAGAGGAGAGAGGAGCAGGCCCAGACGACCGAGCUCCUGCAGGGCAUUCUGGGUAAAGUGGAGAAGGAGAAGGCGAGCCUCGCAGCGGAGCUGAGGGAGAAGGAGGAGGAGGUGGAGAGGUGGAGGAACAGGGCGGAGGCGCUGGAAGGAGAGAGCGAGGGGUCGAGGGGGAGGGAAGGGGGUCCGGCGGACCCGGCGGGGGGGGCUGAGGACGCUCCGGACGGAGUGAGCGUGGAGCGGCUGAGGGAGAGGGUGGCCUCGCUCCUCCUGGAGAAGGAGGCGCGGGAGCGGCUGCUGAGGGAGAGGGAGGCGGAGGUGUACGCGCUGAAGAGGCGGGCCGAGGACCUGGGUCAGGACCGGGAGCGGGUCCGCACCGCGCUGGAGAGGACCGAGGCGGCGCUGGUCCGGUACCAGGAGAGGAGCCGGCAGCUGGAGCAGAACCGGACCGGCGGACCCGAUACACUCACACUCUCCCAGGUCAGUACCGCAGCCCCCCCCCCCCCAGAGAUAACGCUGAGCCCCCCCACAGGCCACACGUGCACCACACACACCAGCACCCUCCUGCUGCCCAGAGAACGAGGCCUUCAUUCUGUCUUCAUUCAUUUAGCACUUCAGAGGUUGCUGUCAGAUGAUCUGAUGUUUUAUUUGAGUUUAAUUAAUGUUUACCCACCAGCUAAAAAACACCGGGCAGAGGUGGUAAGGCCCUGCAGUUUGUACCCUCUGCAGCAGGACGCGGUGGAGAGGUGCCGGCUGUGUGAGGGAGCUGAGGCACAUGUGUUGCUGACAGGUUGGUACUUUUUUUCUAUCAUGAUACAGCCAAAUAAUAAAAGCUUUUUAUUUUCAUUUUUUCACUGGAGAUUGAGUGCUUUGGAAUUUAACGUAUUUUAUUCCCUAUGGAUACGAUCCCCACCUUGCAAUGAGCACUUCUCUACUUUCAUACUUUCAUCCGAAGCCAAGGCAGCUUUCCUUCUUUUUACCAUUUAUGUUCAUUUUCUAUUAUUGCUCUCUAUCAAAUCCUCCCAGGUGCAGCAUCUGAGGAAAACACUGGCAGCGGAUCACAGGGAGAGGGCGGAGUUUAUCGAAGAAUCCUCCAGGAACAACCAAUGGCUGAUCUCACUGCGGCAAGACCUGACCGACUCCUUGGCAGUGGUGUCACAGAAGCCCCUCCCAUCAGUGCUCCAGGCUGAGACUCAGCGAUUGGACAGAAGUCUGAGAGAGGAGGAGUUUCGGUUGUCUCUCAGCAAGUCUUGACCGACACUGAUGUUUGAGAUUUUGCACUCCUUAUUGCUUGAAUGGCAAUCAGUUGGAAAUGUUCCUAACUUUUAAUUUUAAUAGUACUUGAGAUAAAAAAAACAAGGACACAGAUAUUGGCCGUUAUUGAAGAUGAGUUGAAGUAUGCUUGGCUGAUUUAUGGGCAGCUUUAAUAUGCUUUCAUACCUGUUAAUUAAUGUUUGUUAAAAUGUAAUUUACUUUGCUAAACUGUUUAAUUUUUUUAUUUUAAUUUCUCAUGCUGUUUCAUUGUUCUCAGUAUUUUUUAAAUUAAUUUAUUAUUUUAUAUAUAUUCCAUUGUUUUUUGUCCUCUUUUUAACUUAACUAGUCUGUUUUUACUUCUGUCACUUUUUCUCUAAAGUGCAUUGAAUAGCACUGCGUGUUCGAAAUGUGCUAUAUAAAGUUUAUUAUUACUAUAAUGCUGUCUACAUUAUAUUUAUUUAUGAUAAAUUACAUUUUGUCUCAUGCCAUCUGUGGUCUAAUAUCAUUAUACCAUUGGACAACUUCUAUUAAAUUAAAAAACCAUUCAAGUCU